AUGGGUCGCGAUCGCGUGAGCAUAACUAUCAAGGAUGAUGAAAUCUGGGAGCAGAGAAGGGCUAGACUGAAAGCACUAGAGUCAGGAAACGACCCACAAACCCAAAUAGAAUUCAAUUAUCGUGCGUAUCUACUGCUACAUGUCGCCACGAAAGAAGGCGACAUCAACAAGUUCAUCGAAGCCCUUGAAAAGUAUUCUGCUGAAGAGAGGGUCUCUUUGUCCGACAUUAUCCACAUACGGGGCCCUUCCGGGAACUCGUUGCUCCAUGUCGCAGCGGGUAUCAAGAACUCCGACAUCCUCCGAGCCCUCCUCGAGGUCAAUCAUGACAAGCAGCUUGUUGGCCAGGUGAAUGGUAGAGGAGACACCCCGCUCCACAUCGCGGCAAGAGUGGGCACGAUCUGCAUGGCUGAGCUCCUCCUUGAUUGCGGCUGUAUUGCGGACAAAGUGAACGAGGCGGGGAACACAGCGUUGCAUGAGGCUGUGAAGAAUGGCGAUUACAAGUUGACAGAUCUGCUCCUGCGUCGAGGCUCAAAGUCGGUGAAUAAGAAGAACAAGGAGAGAAAGUGCCCGCUGUACUUGGCAGUCGAGAUGGGGGACUUGAAGAUUCUCUUGCGUUUGCUGCAAGAAGUGGAUGAAAACGAAGUCCUUCGGCCCAGGAUACAAGGCAUGUCGCCAGUUCACGGAGCCGUGAUGCACCAAAAGUUCGGUUAG